UUGAUGGAUGAAAGGAGCAGUGCUUACAGGUUAUCUUUAGCCUCUGGGGUACUGUCCCAUUACUAACAGAGCAUAAUUAUUAAGUUAUUUUGACAGCCAGGAGCCUGAUGUACUAUGCACGGUAAUAAUGAAUUUACAUGUGUGUAGAGUUCACCAAGCACUUCUGUGUUAUUUUUGCCUCUGUUCUUUACACCUGCCCUCUGAGGGAACAAAUUUAAAAAAGAAUUUUUUUACAGAUGUAGAUGCUGUGGCUCGGGGAAGCUAAGAGACUUGCCUUUGGCUACAAAGCCAGUGGCAGUGUCUGAAGUCAGACCCAGGUCUCAUCUCAUCUCAGGGGCUGCCUUCCCCAUUUCUCUAUUUCUUAAAGUGAAGGGUGACUAGGCAAUGAAGUAAUUCUUUAGGAAAGCAUGACCAAUUUCCCUUUCUCCACCUCCCUCUUCUUCCUCUGCCCUGCCCCCCAACCCCCAUAUAUACUUACAAAUCUCCACAAAGCCUUGUUUGCUUGCAUACCUUUGCUUUUGAAAGAACCUUCACAGCUGGGACAGGAACUUUCCACUCACAGUUAUACCCCUGAUCCAUGAAUGGUGAGAGAAUUGCCUGCCCAACUUUCCCCUUCUAUAAAAAAAGAACUAGCCAUCUCCAGACAGCAGCCCUCAAGUUUCACUGAUAGGACCUGAGACCCUCCUGUCCUCCUCUGCUGGUGAUGGGCCGUCCAAUGUCUGCAGCUGCUCUCCCUUGCCUGAGUCUGAUCCUGCUUCUCUGGACCCAACUGCCAAGAGCCCAGGGCCAAGAGUUCCGAUUUGGAUUUUGCAGAGUGAAGGGGGUUGCUCUCCAGGAACUGUGGAAGGCCUUCUGGGCCGUGAAGGACACUGUGCAAGCUCAGGAUAACAUCGCCAGUGUCCGGCUGCUGCGGCCGGAGGUUCUGCAGGAUGUCUCGGAUGCUGAGAGCUGUCACCUCAUCCAUGCCCUGCUGAAGUUCUACUUGAAUACUGUUUUCAAAAACUACCACAAAAAGAUGGUUGAAUUCAGGACAAUGAAGUCAUUCUCAACUGUGAAGUCGUUCUCUACUCUGGCCAACAGCUUUCUUGUCAUCAAGUCACAAUUGCAGCCCAGUAAAAAUGAGAUGUCUUCCACCCGGGAGAGUGCACACAGGCGGUUUCUGCUGUUCCAGAGAGCAUUCAAGCAGUUGGACAUAGAAGCAGCCCUGACCAAAGCCUUUGGGGAAGUGGACAUUCUCCUGUCCUGGAUGGAGAAGUUCUACCAGCUCUGAUGUCUAGACUAGCAUCUCCAUCUCAUCUGUUCCCCAUGCCAUUUCGAA